AUGGUGAUGUGAUGUAAAUACAUUAUUACUGAUGGAUACAGUUUACAAACAAACACUACAUUGAUAAAGAAGUUGUACGAUUAGCCAUUCUCCAAAAAGCCACAGAUAACUGAUCCUUCCAGCAACAAUGGAAUUCCAUCUCCCAUACCUAAAUACUGCCGUAGCUGGAAUCUUUGCCAUACUUGUGCUUUCCUACUUGAUCAUAAACAGGAAGUCUAGAGCUGCUGCCUCGCUUCCCAAAGCACCGAAGGUUGUGGGUGGAUGGCCUCUGUUAGGGCACAUCCACUUGUUGGCAGGACCCGAGCUUCCCCAUAUACUUUUGGGACGCUUGGUGGACAAGUAUGGACCGGUUUUUUCCAUAAAUGUGGGCCUCAACUCAGCCCUUGUGGUAAAUUGUUGGGAGGCGGCGAAGGAGUGCUUCACCACCAAUGACUUGGCUGUUUCCUCCCGUCCCAAAAUCGUAGGCGUUGAACACUUGAGCUACAACGGAGCCUUGGUGGCGUAUAGCCCCUAUGGUCCGUAUUGGCGUGAAAUACGGAAAAUAGCAACCCACGAGCUACUCUCAAACAGCAGGCUGGAGCUGCUCAAACAUGUUCGAGUGUCCGAAGUAGAGAUGAGCUUGAAAGAGUUGUACAAGCUGUGGAUCAAAAGAAAAGGAGGCUCAGGAGAAAUUUUGGUGGAGAUGAAGGAGUGGUUCGGGGAUUUGACACUAAAUGUGGUGUUUCGAAUGGUUGCUGGAAAGCGUUACUUCAACGUUAUGAGUGGUAGUUUGAGCGACGAAAAGAAGGCGCGGCGGUGCCAAAACGUCAUAAGGGAUAUGUUUCACUACAUGGGAUUGUUUGUGUUGGGGGAUGCUGUUCCGUGGCUUAGGCGGCUAGAUAUAGGUGGGCACGAGAAAGCGAUGAGAAGAACAGCGAAAGAGAUAGAUAGUAUUGUUGUGGAAUGGUUGGAGGAGCACAAGCAGAGAAGAACUCAAGGCCAAGAGCAGGAUUUCAUGGAUGUAAUGCUUUCAAUCCUCAAUGGAGCAGAUGUUGUAGGAUUUGACGCUGAUACAGUCAACAAAGCGACAUGUUUGGCCGUGAUUGCUGGGGGCAGUGACACACCCAUGGUGACUAUGACAUGGGCACUCUCGCUACUUUUGAACAACCGUCACACCUUGGUGAAAGCUCAAGAAGAACUAGACAAGCAUGUUGGGAGAGGAAGGCUAGUGAAUGAAUCAGACAUCAGUAACCUGGAGUACUUGCAAGCCAUCUUCAAAGAAACGCUGCGUAUGUACCCACCGGCACCACUCUCUGGCAUAAGAAAAUUCAGCGAGGACUGCACAAUAGGAGGAUACCAUGUCCCAAAGGACACUUGGUUGAUGAUGAACCUAUGGAAGAUCCAGAGUGACCCCCGGGUUUGGGUUGAUCCGAUGGAGUUUAAGCCGGAGAGAUUUCUUACCACCCACAAGGAUAUCGAUGUGAAGGGUCACAAUUUUGAGCUCAUUCCCUUUGGUGGUGGUAGACGAAUAUGCCCUGGAAUGGGUUUUGCUCUUCAAGUCAUACAGUUAACCCUGGCUAGUUUUUUGCAUGCUUAUGACAUCUCAACUCCAGAAAAUGCAGUUGUUGAUAUGACUGGGAGCCUGGGGCUAUCGAACGUGAAAUCCACCCCACUUCGAGUCCUCGUCAAACCUCGCUUAUCCGAAAAUGUUUAUGGAUAAUAAUAAUAAUAAACGUCAAUAAUGCAAACUAUAUAUGAUAUUUGUGGUGUAAAAUGUGACUCAUAAUGCAUUCUAUUUUUUCAGACU